UAAACUAAGAAUAAUGAGGAAACUGUUCUUUACAAGUUGAGAUCUGACAAACCGUCUCACACAGGCAAGCAGACCAAUCUGGCUUCAGUCUUUCUUUUUCUAAGUGAUAGAUUUUUACCAUUUAUAAUUAUAAUUUUUGAUGAGCUUCAUUUAAAGACAUACUUUCUGUUGAGUAGCUGAAGACAACACUGGCCAUGUUGUCUACAGGAGCAGAAUGUGUGAUCAUGGGUUUGUUCCUGUACAUCUCAGGGGUUGGAGCAAACAGCAUCUGUGCCUUAAAAGGUUCAUCAGUGGAUCUACACUGCUCAGCUCAACGUCCCACAUCAAGCAUGAAAUGGUUCACUGUUCGUUUGGAGAACAACAAGAUGGUUCCAGAUCAGAUCGUUGACGGAAAACAUGUGAUCAUAUCUGAAGAGAGCGACUUCACUAUGACGAUCAAUGAUCUGAGAGAGAGUGAUAAAAACUUUUACUGUUGUAGUGACGUAAAUGACAGAUGCCAGGGGAGAGUCAUUCAGCUCCUUGUUGCAGACCUGCAGGUGAAGGUGUUUCCUGCCACAGGAGAAAAGACAGUGUCACUGAUGUGCAGCAGCAGUUGUCCUCUGACUGAAAGACCUGUGGUCUAUAUCUGGUACAAGAACACAGAGUUUCUCUAUGAGGACUUGUCUCCUUGGUACCAGGAGCUAAUCAGCAGCGAGGAAUCAGUCACAUACUCCUGUGCUGUCAAAGGCUACGAGCAUCUCAGAGCCCCUGAAGUCUCAGUGGCUUCUCUCACAUCAGCCUGCUUCACUGUGACCUAUGCUAAAGGCAGAAUGUGCUCAAAUCAGCAGAGACCAGAAGAUGAGCCGUGCUCCAUCACAUAUCUCAGAGAAAUACAAGUUCAUGUUCAAAAGACUGAAGACAGGGCGCAUGUCAAACUGGCCUGUAACACCAGCUGUCCACAGACGCAAGCUCAAACCAUCAAAUGGUACAAAAACAGACAAUUGGAGCAGGAACCACGAUCAGUUCUCAUCACCUCUCCUGACUCUUACUCCUGUGCUGUAAAGCACUUGUUCUCAGAUGAAGUUUGUAUUCAGGAUCUAAACUGCUUCACAGUGAAUUAUGUCAACAGGAGGAUCUGUGCUCUGCAAGGUUCCUCAGUGAACAUCUCCAGUGAAUACUCACAUCCUUACUACCAGCAGCUGAAGUAUAAAUCGUGGUAUAAGAGUAGGAGAAGUGACAUGGCGGCUGGUGAAGAGCUGAUAACGAAUACAGAUCAUAUUAAGUUUCAUGAAGUGAUGAACCGCCACAUCCUGACAAUCAAUAAACUGAACAAGAAUGACUCAACAGAAUACAUAUUCAGAAUAGGAAGUGAUGCAGGGAAAUGGGCGGCUGUUCCUGGGGUGACUUUGGUCGUCACAGAUCUGAGAGUGAAGUUUAGUCCUUCUGAGGAGGUGACUGAGGGGCAGAGAGUCACGCUGACCUGCAGAACCAGUUGUCCUCUGACGGACAACAUGAACUACAUUUGGUACUUGAACAAUCAACCUCUGAAUCUGACAAAAACACAAAGCAAGUACCUGGUUCUAGACCCCGUCAGCAGUGAACAUGAAGGAAACUACUCCUGCAAAGUUAAAAUGCUCCAAAAGAGCUCUCAUCAAAAGAUGCUCACUGUCCACAGAAGAAGAAAAUGGACUCAAGCAGCCAUAGGAAUCGUUGUUCUUCUCCUGGUUGUAAUACCCAUCUCCAUCUUCUUGUGGAUCAGAAGAAAGAAGACUUCCAUCCAGUCUCCAAGAACUGAAACCUCUGUCAACUUGGAGGAGGUAAAGCGGAGAACUUUAACAGUUUCUUCCAUUAGACAAACGUCCUCAUCUCUUCAGAGAGUUCAACUGAGUCCAAACAGCAGCUUCAACCAUUGUUCUAAUGAAACAGAGAUGCAUUGUCCCAUAUGUUCCAGGAAUGUUAUAUUUUACAAUACUGUACAUAAAUCAUGUUUUAUUUUCUCAGUACAUUUCAGUUUUUAAUUUAAUAUACAUCAAGAGUUAUUCCAGGCAAAUGCAACUAUAUUGAAUCCUCCCAUUCAUUUGACCUCCAUUUGGAAUCUGUUAAUUUUAUUAAGAGAAUUUUAAAUACACAGAAAUAGUAAAUAAAAAUGUUUCUCUUGUCUCUUCAUCAGAUAAGCCCAGAUCAUGAGUUAGACGAUAUCUCGGCUCAACCAGUAGAGGAGGAUGAUAUUCUCUAUAGCAGCGUUCAAUUCCCCAACAACAGAGAUGCUCUCUACUCACAGAUCCAGACACAUCAGCCCCAAGAAG